CUUGGUGUUCCUUCCUCUCUGGUCUUUGUGCAUCCUCUCUACCGGCAACGUGGCAACACGCAACACUUGAACUUUCACUUUUUUUCAGACUUGCAAUCCGAGGACAUAGAUAGACAUGUCGAGGUGACUCAGACAAGGAUGUCGGUGGUUUUCUUUUUCUCUCGAGGUGGACGUGGACGUGAUCUGCGUGUUUUGCAGCCUUGUGGGACUGCAGCUGUCAGAUCCACAGGGCGUGCUCCUCUGUUGACUUAUUCUGACAGAACACGGGCUGGGACGCAAAAUGCAAACAAAAGUGGGAGAAAAGCUUCUGCAAAUACACUGAAUAACAUGUUCUGAUUUAGAUUUUCGGAACAUUUUUUCUCCCUUAGUCAGAUAAUUUGCACUUUUUUUCUUUUUUUUUUUUUUUUUUUUUUCUUUUUUUUUUUUUUGCAUUGCCACUACAUGGGUCAUGAUAUGCUGUGACCUUUAUCCUCUUGUUAUCAUUUUCACUUGUUAUCAGUUCAUGUUGUGAGUUUCUUGUGAAAUGAUGUGGCAGUAGUGCAUGUACUUUGGCUGUGUCUGGCAUGUGUAAACUGUGUUGAAGUUGUCAUGGAUAACAGAGGUCACGCCUGGUCAGAGUCUGGUCGAAACCCUUGCAGAUCUGAAGACAGAGAGGAUUACUACAGACAUUCUUACCAGGACAGGGGGCAACGCUACCCUGGACUGGACCCUAGAGACAGGGACAGGGCCUGGGCUCAUCCUGAUGCCCACUACAGGACUCAGUUCCCCCCUGGGAGACUCCCAGAGCAUUACACCUACAGCCCUCAGCAGUAUCCUUUUGGCUAUGGACGACCAGAGCACCAGAGACCCCAGUCCAGGUCUGGUUAUGACUAUCCGCCCCACAGUCACUGGGACUACAGGGAAAACUACAGCUAUUAUGACGCUGACUAUUACAGAGGACAACACGGGAGACCAGAUGCCGGCCAGUGGGGUCCCCAAGACUCAUGGAGAGGAGACUAUUACCACGCCUGGACAUACAAACAGGAACAUUCAGGGAGCUCCUACACAGAGGAGAACAGACAUGACCAAGGGAGAGACACCUCCCAGCAUUACCUCAAUGACUACGAGGAUAAUCCCUCCAGAGAAAAUGAAGAGGUCUCCUCUUAUUACCUGGGGACUUUGGAAAGCUCCAAAAACUCAGGCUUAUCGUCCAGCAGCUAUGAACUGAGUCAGUACAUAAACGGAGCCGAACACAGUGACGCUGUCCCACAGUCUGUCCAUACAUCUGACACAGAACAUAGUCAUCAGUUGUCAGCUCCUCUGAAGUACUCAAUCCCUCAUGCAGUGGUCAGUUUCGGGCCUGCAGGUCAGCUGGUACGGGUCACUCCAGGCUCCUCCACUCAGAAGAACAUCAGCCAGCUGGAAAUCCACAGUAUGGAAGUCAUUCUGAGUGAGACACAGGAACAGCAGGACAUGAGAAAUUUCCCUGGGCCCUUAACUAGGGAGGGUUUACACAAGGUCGAUGCUAUUGAGUUUGCCCACCAGAGGGCAGGCGCUUGCAUGAGAGAUGAGACGCUGCAUGAUAAGAUCUCUGCCUCCCUCUUGUGGAAACUACUGAUACUGCUGUGCAGACAGAAUGGACAAAUAGUUGGAUCAGACAUUGCAGAGCUGCUGGUUCAAGGCUCGCGUUCAGAUGGAAGCUGGGAGUCAGAGGCUCCCACGCUCAUUGACUUCAGUGAAGGUGCGACUGCUGAAGCACCACCUUGUCAAGGAGACGACCUACUCACAGGAAGCAGCAGCUCAGGUUCUGAGGCGGCACAGAAGGCCCUGCAGAGCUACACUCAGCUGCUGCUGGCUGGAAGAAAGAAGGAGGCCUUAGAGGCGGCUAUGAGCAGUGGCCUAUGGGGACAUGCACUUUUUCUAGCCAGCAAAAUGGACAACAGAUCUUAUACCACAGUGCUGAAGAGGUUUACAGGUCAGCUGACAGUCAAUGACCCCCUCCAGACGCUGUUCCAGCUGCUGUCUGGGAGAGUCCCUACUGCAGCCACGUGCUGUGGGAAUGACAAAUGGGGUGACUGGAGGCCCCAUCUGGCUGUGAUGCUGUCCAAUGAAACAGGAGAUGCUGCUGUCCAACAGAAGGCCAUUGUCACCAUGGGAGACACUCUGGCCUCCAGAGGCCUCCUACAUGCCGCCCAUGUGUGUUACCUGACUGCCGGGGUCCCCUUUGGGCCCUUUACCCAGAAGGCAGAGCGGCUGGUGCUUUUAGGCAGCAGCCACAGGCAGCCAUUUCAGUAUUUUGCAACAAACAGUGCCAUCCAGUGCACAGAGUUGUAUGAGUACUGCCAGACACUAGGGGGGAAAUCCUUUUCAAUACUGUCUUUUCAGGUGUACAAAUUUCUGUAUGCCAGUCGACUGUUGGACUGUGGGCUUUCAUCUCAGGCUUUCCAUUACUGCGAGUUGGUUGGGCAAGCAAUUAUCAGGCAGAAGGAGCCUUGGUUUGUGUUGACAGGAGAAGUUCUUAAGUUGACGGACAGACUGAGACAUUCAGAGGGUCAGUACGGUGAGGUGGGGGUUAAUGGAACUGAUCAGGAACCAGAAUGGCUGAUGCAGCUGCGCCUCAGGCACCACAGUUUACAGACAGGGACUUUUGCUGAAACAUAUGAACCACCUCCAGAUAGACGCACUUUGAUUGACACAGAUAGAACAGAGUCUGACUUGGACGACCUGAGCCGUGGUCUCCAGAGUCCAGAACCAGAGCUGCUUUAUUACAGUGGCCCCGAAGUUCAAGAACAAAAACAGGAAAUGACACCAUUAGACACUGGAGGAGCUCAUGACUGGCCUGGGGCCAAUUCUCUGAUGCCAGUAACGGCGGUUUAUGCUCCUCCUGUGUCCAUAGUGGCCGGGAGCCAAGACUUCAGUUAUCAUAACACAGAUAGUGCUGAAGUCAAAGCUGCCUCGCCACAUUGUCCUGUGGGUAAUUCGACAUCAGCUGCAGAGGGGGUUGUGCCAUUCUCUGGAGUAGGCACAAGGGGGGGUCAGAUGCUGGAGGACGACAUCAGCCACCGAACGCACCACAGCAUCCAGCGAGGUUCAGCUGUAGAGUCUGAGGUCUCCGAGCAGACCAGCGAUGCUCCUAAAGAGAGCACCAAGACGGGAUGGUUUAGUGGUUGGUUUAAAUCAAAGCCCAAGGAAGCCCAGGAGACUUCAGAGCAGAUCAGACCUGCUAAAACAAUUCCACCUGCUGCUGACCUCUGCCCUCCUCCCCCGCCGACCAUCGCACCCUCUGGCAUGUUUCCAUCCCAGCCCUCCUCCGCUGGAAUCAAUCCCUUCUCAAGAAAAGCAGGCCAGCAACUGGGAUAGACACCAUUUCAACACCACUAGACUAUAUUACAGGAUCGCUGGCACCACUAAAGUCCAAAAUGGGACGUCGCACCACCUGUCAUGAACACAACCUACACUGCGUGUCUUAUUAGAAUUCACCUGAGCUCACAUGAACUCCAGUAUGAUCUGUACCUCUCACCACUGCCCACUUUUCUUUUUUAAGAUCGCCCUUUCAAACCCCUCCACAGCUUACCCGCCAUCAUGUUGCAUGUUAGCUACAGAAAUACACUGGAUGGACAGGCGAAGUAACUCGUAUUGCAUCGACUAAAACAGCUGAGGUAUGCUUCCUGUAAGCUGACUGCAGGGAAAUUACAAGUGGAUGCAGGACAUAUCUGGGGAUGGGGAUAUCCUAAUUGACCCCAAUAUAAUAUAAUAUUUAUAUAGGACAGAGUGACCUGAUUGACCCCAUCAAUGCCCAAAACACAGAUUCAUACUAGUGAGGUAGAAAAAGUUUGACAUGAGCGAAUCAUUACACUUUUACACCUCAGAUCACUUCUAAAUGUGUGAUAUACUGCCAGAUAAUAUUGAUCGGCUUUGUAUUUAUAUUUGCAAAGGGUAAACCUCUCAUCUUUUCAUGAUAAAGCACACUGAAACACAAGUGAUCAAAAAUACUAAGCACCCCACGCUAUGCUAGCUUAUUCACCUCAAUGUGGGGUACUUGUUGCAUUAUACAACAGUACAGCGUGUGCCAUGUUGUCACACUGCCAAGAUGGAUCAUCGUACAUGGGGGGGGGUUGGGAUACACUUGCUCAGGCAAACAGCCAACAACCUCCCUAACCCCCCACCCUCAACAAGCAGACUUUUAUAUCACCAAACUGUUUAUGUGCUGAUGAUAUUUGCAAUGCUUUCAUCUAAAAAAGUUUAAUUAAUGGCCCUUUAUAUAAAUAUUUGGUUGCAGAUGAAGCUAAGCUAUGCUCUUAAAGUUGUAUGCAGUUUUAAGUUGUAUUAUCUACUUUUACAUUAAAUGUAUAGUAAGGAUUUUAAGAUGCUGUAUUAACUUGUGCCAAAUUUUUUUAUGAUAAUUGAGUUUGUGCCUCAAUUUUUCACGUUUUCAUUUCAAUUUUGCUGUUUUUUUGUAUAUCUGUACCAGCACAUAAAGUAUAACAA